AUGUCUGCACUUUUGCCGUAUGCUAUGGCACAGGAUACUGGCACGUGCAACCCCUCCGAUCCACAGAUCUGCAACGUCGACGGAGGAACCAUGGAGUGUACUGCUGGGUCUUGCCUCACAUCGUGCACUUACACAGGUCCCGGUCCCAUCAGUGACCCUUUCGUCAACUGCGAGUAA